CAUAAUUUAUUUGCAUGUGUAAUUAAUGUAGUAAAUUGCGAUGUCUCCGAUGGUUUUGAAUCCCUACAUGAUAAGUAGAGUCUGUUUAUUUAUUCACUACGUCCAGGGAAGGACCCAGGAUAUUGGUCAGGGGGACGAGCCUUUACGGGGCCAAUAGGGAAAGUGACUUUACCGAGUUAUAAGACGAAUAUAAGGCGACGAUAAUCGAGGAUGCGAUAACAUACAUCAUGGAGCUGCAGAAGAAUGUGAAGGUUCUCAGCAGCCAGCUCAUGGAGGUGGAGGCGUCCUCCAUCGAAGAUGCAAAGGCACUGAGCGAAGAGACUGAUGCUCCUGAAGAGACGGAAGAAAACAGGAUUGAGCCCGAUGUGAGGGUAAUUAAUGUCAAUGGGAAUAAGCUGUGGAUGAAGAUGAUAUUGGAAAACAGGCGCGGAAGACUGACCAAACUGAUGGAGGCACUGAGCGCCCAUGGCUUUGAACUGAACAACGUUAGUGUGACCACCUCCAUGGGAGCAACUCUCAUUUCGUCCUGUGUUGAGGGAACACUUGGUGAAGUAUUCGAGGCUUCGAGCAUGAGCGAGCUGCUCCAGGAGAUCAUAAAACACAUUUAAGAAUGGGCUGUUUGGUCCAGCAACUAUUAUUCAAACCAGGGUUUUUACCCCCCUAAUUUUGGAGAUUGAUCAUUUGAGUAUGUUCUAGGUCAGAGGUGCUGCCCUGUUAUAGCAGCGGCAUUCAUUGUUUCGAUGAUUUGCAUAUUUACUUGUUGUCUGGUGGUCCAUUUUGAUUGUGAUGUGGGACAGACUUUCAUCUGCAAUAAGUUUUUGUUGUA